UGCACUGUGUCCCUCGGACACAGCGGAUCACCGAUCAAUGGAAAGAGCCGAAGAUAUCGGCUCGGUCAUGUGAUCAGCUGUGUCCAAUCACAGCUGAUCACAUGGGACAUGUACACUGAUCAUCAGGGCACUGAUGAUCAGUGUGCCCUGAUGAUCUGUGUAUACCCAGCAGUGCCAACUGUCAGUGUCCAUCAGUGCCAGCUGUCAGUGCUCAUCCAUUCCACCUGCCAGUGCCCAUCAGUGCCACAUAUCAGUGCCCAUCUGAGCUGCCUUUCAGUGUCACCCAUCAGUGCCAAUCAGUGCCACCUAUCAAUGCCAGUCAGUGCCACCUAUCAGUGCUGCCAAUCAGUGCCACCUAUCAGUGCCAGUCAGUGCCACCUAUCAGUGCCAGUCAGUGCUGCCUAUCAGUGUGCAUCAGUGCCGCCUACCAGUGCCCGUCAGUGCUGCCUAUCAGUGCUGCCUAACAGU